CGCCAUUGGACGGACGUCAUCACAGUGCGCCGUAGUCCCGGCCGCGGCGUUGCGAGGCCGGUGGACUGGCGGGCUGGAGUUGUCUCGCCAUGUUCGCGGGGAGGCGCCCGGGCCGAGGCAGCGAGCAGAGGAAAACAAAGGAGGGUGAGAAAAAAUCAGACAAGAAAAAGCAAGAUGGAGAGGACUCUUCUGUCAGAAUUGUGAAAAGAACUGCAUUACAGACUUCUGCAGGCAAUGGAGAUUCCAUGAAGCCAGACAGGUUCAAUAAAACUGCAAGCAAGAAGUCAACUCAAGCUCCAAAAAUAGAGUCUUUUCCUGUACCUGCAUUUGAAACUACUAUUUUGGAUUUCCACAAGUUGCACAGUUUGGGAAGAAGUGAGAUAUUGAAUGUGCAUCAUAAAAAUGGACCAGCAUGUUCAGUGGAAAGUAACAUUAUGUGCCUUAGUCAACCACACAUGUCUCCUUUGUUGAACACGGAGGAAGAUGUUUCUGUGGAAAGCAAAGCGUCGUCAAAAACUUUAAAAGAAACAGUAGCAAGCUUAAUUCCCUCCUCAUUUGAUGGUAGAGUCUUUCCUGAAGUGUCUACAGAUGGCUCUGCUCAGUCAUGUGUGUCUUGGGCCACGGUACUUUCACAGCCCCCAAAGAAAGUUUCUUCGUCACCAGCAACUGAAUGUCUUCCCAGAUACAAAGGGAAGCAGGAUAAUCAAGCAAAGGCAGAAGCGAAAAAUGAUGGUAGUGAAACUGAGCCUGAAGAAGUGUCAGAAAAGAAGAAGAAGAAAAAGAAAAGGAAAAAGAAAAACAGGUCACCCACUACAGUAGAGAAGCCUCAUCAUGAAUCUACUACAGUGCAGGAGCCACCAAGGAUUGAGGAUGCUGAGGAGUUUCCUGAUCUGACAGCUGCUUCUGAUCGAAGAAACAGAUUAGGAUCUCAGAAAACAUCAUUUUCUCCUGCUGGCAGGAAGCAAGCUGAAGAAACAUCCAAGAAUAGUAGUAAGAAGAGUCAAAUUCCUGUGCAGUUGGAUUUAGGUGGCAUGUUGGCGGUCUUGGAGCAGAAACAGCAAACAGAGAAGUCAAAACAAUACUCUAAACCUGUGGUGUUGUCAGUUGCUGGUGCCAUACCAUUGCUCUCUAAAGAAUCUGCUACAGCCACGAAAAAUCACCGGUUAUACCAAGGAAAUGUACCUCAUAACCCCUUGGAUUCCAGUGCUCCUUUGGUGAAGAAGGGGAAGCAGAGAGAAGUCCCUAAAGUGAAGAGACCAACACCUCUUAAAAAGAUUAUUUUGAAAGAAAGAGAACUGCGAAAACAGCAACACCUGUUAGAACAGACAGCAGUACCAAAAGAUGGAGGUAAUUCUUGUGUGUCUGCAGAAAAUACUACUGAAGAUGAAGCACUUCCACAGGAUAGUCAAGCAGUUGUUCCUGUAAUGCAAAUUGCUGAAGGGCUUCUGGGGAGCACAAAGUUCAAGGAGUUUCCAGAAAGUUCUACGACUUCAAAGGAGUCAACCUCUAAUCUUCCAAAAAUCCAUAGUAGAAGAUUUAGAGAUUACUGCAGCCAAGUACUUAGUAAAGAAGUUGACAGUUGUGUGACAGAUCUCUUAAAAGAACUGGUUCGGUUCCAAGAUCGUUUGUAUCAGAAAGACCCAGUAAAGGCGAAGAUAAAACGCAGGCUUGUUAUGGGCCUUAGAGAAGUUUUGAAACAUCUGAGGCUGAAAAAACUGAAGUGUGUCAUCAUCUCUCCUAACUGUGAAAAGAUUCAGUCAAAGGGUGGAUUGGAUGAGACUCUGCAUAACAUUAUUGACUGUGCCUGUGAGCAGAAUAUACCAUUCGUUUUUGCCCUUAAUCGCAAGGCCCUAGGCCGUUGUGUGAACAAAGCAGUGCCUGUGAGUGUAGUGGGAAUUUUUAGCUAUGAUGGAGCUCAGGAUCAUUUUCAUAGAAUGGUACAACUGACAACAGAGGCCAGGAAGGCCUACAAGGAUAUGGUAGCAGCUUUAGAGGAAGAUGCUGAAGGAACACAUACAGAAACUGAACUCUGCAUUGUAACCACUGAAUUUGAAAAAAGCUGCUUAUCAGAAACUGGUAAAACUUCUUCCAGGGACCAAGAUGAGGAUAUACCAAAUUACAUUAAAAUCUGGAAGAAAAAACUUGAAGAAGAAUAUAACCCCUAUGCACUGGAACUGGAAAAGAGUGCAUCUGCUGACAUGGUGGUUCUGAAUUCAGAAGAGCAUCACUAAAGGCAGAUUUUAUUCUGCUGGGCUUUCAAGGUUUAUUUUGUAAUAGAUUUACAAAUAUUUUAUCUAAAAUUAAAUAUCCAGGUAGGAGAGUGGCAUAGCAAGAUAAAAUAAUUUAUGAAGUGUUUAUUUUAAGUCAGGUGAGAAAGCUGAUCUGAAUCCCCUUGCAGAAAAUGCACACUGAAGUAUAUGAGACACUGGCUAGUUCUUCUAAGUUUUGUGUACUUGGCUGAUUACUAUAGCAGAUGAUAACAGCAAACAGUUGUUUUAACCCAGAACAACCUGAAUAAGUUUGGCAUAUUAGUAAUGGCUUUAUGGACUUCUAAUUUGUUAACAGUGCAAUAUACCAAAGGAAUUUGUUAGCAUGAUUGUUUGGGGAGAAAUUCCAUAUGCUGGAUGUUUGGAGCUUUGGGGAUUUGUUUUCUAUUUUUAAUUCUCGUUUAAAGAGUUCAGGCUCUUUUUUAACUUUUUUUUUGUUGUUGUUGUUUUUAUAUUGUUUUUCAUAAUCCUGCUCAGGUGGGCAGGUUGGCAUGUCACUUUAUACCCUUCAGCAGGAGGUGAAAUGGAAACUAACUAAGGAAAGCCAUGAUGUGGAAGAUUACCAGUUAGUUCAUCCCCUGUGAUGAUAUUUUUUUCUAGGAAUAUACUGCCGGUGCAUAGGAAAGAGUACAGACUGUAAAGGUCUGAAAUUCAUGAAGUGAAAAGGCCCUGCUUGGCAAGUUGAUAGUCUGAACAAUUAUAAUGCUUCAGAGAUGAUGCUACUGUGGUCACUGUAGAUCCUGCUUUCAAGUUGAAGGACAUUGGAUGGAACAGCCUGCCUUCCUGUUUGUACUUUCCCAAGCUGACAGAUUCCUCAUUCAUUUCAGGAUUAUGCCAGUGUAUAUAAAAGAGUUUUUUAAGUCAGUAUCAGUUUGUAUCUAAGGUAAGGAAAAACUUCAUCCUGUACAUUAAGUAAAUUUUGAAAACAAAAUGUGCUCAUAAUGGUGUGGUUGAGCACUUUCAUGGGAAUGUGUAUAUAAACACUUCAGUUUACAAACCACUGAUGUAAUAGGACAAGCCUAACAAAGUCAUUGGAGGAGGCAUAUGUAACUGAUCAGCUGUUUUGAAAAAAAGAUACAGGUAUUCCAUGUGCUGCAGCCAGCAUCUCUGUAGUGCAUUUAUAAAUGCUGGAACACAUUUAGCAGUGGUAGUGCUCUACUUUGGAAAGUAACUGUCUCAUGAAGUCAGAUGUGAUACAGAAAUCUUUAAAUUAUUCUUAGGUAACAUUGUUCUUGCUUAAAAAUCAUUAAGAUAAAAGAGAGAAAAAUUAUUUCAGAUACUAUUGUUUAUUGGAUGCAGGAGGCUGAAUCUCUGAACAGCAAUACAAUAAAACUGUGAAAUAAGUGGGUCCACACAUUUUCAAGCUGCAGUUGUCCACUAGAAAUAAGUGAACUCAACAGGGUAGUCUUGAAAUUCACCCCCUGUGUAAGUGUUGGAAGCUACUGUAGUUAACUCAAUAUGGGUGUUUUGUAAGCCAUCUGUAUUUUCAGCAUUAGUCAAAAAUUCUUUGUUUGGUACAGAAGCUUUAUAACCAAAAGGUGUAUGUUUGAGCAAGCGAACUUGCUUGUACCAGAAAAGAAUGUUCUUCAGAAUACUGAGUUCAAGGGUGAAUGCUUGAAAAGAUUGGAAGAGUGGAAGUGCCUUUUAAAUAAAGUUAUUAAAAUCUUGUUUAUCAAUCUGUAAUUUACAUGCCAAGAGCCUCAAGAGCAAAACAGUUAGUUUACUUAAUCAACUCAGAACAGAAGGCAUAGAUGAUGUUACAUUGUUUGAGUUGCACAAGUCAUACUAGGAUGAUUUCAAUUCUUUGUUAAGCUAAAAUAACAUGCAUGAGAAAAAUAGAUGGUUCCAGCAAGGGAAAGAUGGCCUCUCUUGUAGCACUGGCACACACUGUGCUCAUUCUUUGAUGAGCGAGGAUAUCAUGUUCCACUUCAAACUUCAGCUGAUUUCUCCUGAAUACUAGUUGUAAUGCCAGCACUAACAUUUGCAAUACCUCUGUGAAAGCUGUGCUAUUAAGAGUGCUGGGCACUGGUAGGUUGCAUAUGUUCCUCCUUCCAGUUUGUUUAUUCCUUUGUACAUGAGAGGCUGCUUUUCUUGUUGCAAGUUUCCUGAAGGAUAAAAAGAACAAGCUGUCAACAUAUCAUUAAAAUAAAGUGGGUUUAAAAGAUUA